AUGCAGACCUAUGCGGAUGCAAUCGUUCAGGCCUUGUCCACCUUUGGUUGUGACAAAGCCUUCGGCGUCUUUGGGGCCAAUAUCCAUCACAUUUGGAAAGCCCUACAUUCUCGAACUAUCACAGUUUACCAGUUUCGCCAUGAAUCCGGGGCGGCAUUUGCCGCAGCAGAGUAUUCUAUACAGACCGGCAAAUUCGCCAUUGUUUUCGUAACGAGCGGGCCAGGAAUCACGAAUGCCAUCACUGGACUCCGUUGUGCUCGUCAAGAUGGAGCCCGCAUUGUCUUUAUUGCAGGGUUGACGAGUGAGGAGACCGAUCGAACAGGUCGUCGCCCUGUCCAGGAGACUUUUCCAAUGGAUGUGGAGGGGCUGACUGGAACAACGGUCCAUAGUGCACUCAGCCACCGGGUGAUCAUCAGAGACGAAUUGGAUGUAGAGCGACUACUAAAAACCUUGAUUCGGGUCAAACGUGAUCCUCUCGGGGGGGUCUUGGGGGUUUUCUUGACUGGCGCGAGAAGCAAAGCCCUCAUACCACCUCUGCAACUACGUCCGCAAUUCGAACCUUUGACAUCCCCCUCUUUAUCCAAGGAAGCCCUUGUUAUCUGCCAGGAGGUUGCUGAGAGGUUUAAAAACAAGAGCUGUCUACUUUGGAUCGGUUACGGUUGCCGUGGUGCCUCCGCUCUUGUCCGACAGCUUGCGGAACGAUACGCUCUUCCGGUUAUCGCUACGCCCCGUGCAAAGGGGAUUUUCCCAGAGAACCAUUUUUUGUAUCAAGGUACAACUGGUUUAGGGGAAUCGGCGAAUCACAUUAUGAGAACCGAGGGGCCGAAAGGGGUCCUUCUUCUUGGAUCUAAGGCAGCUGAGCUUAGUUCCAUGUUUAUUCAGGAGAAAUGGGCCAAUACGGAUUGCUACUGUGUUGGCUUGGAAACUUCCGAGGUCAAACGAAACAUGCCCAAGAGUUCGAAAAUCAUUGAAGCUGAAAUCAGUCUCUUUCUUAAAGCCGUGUUGGAGGUAAAAUAUACGGCGGGAAAAAUUCCGUAUCCGCACAAUCGAAAUACCAUUAUCCAACCGGUUCCAGCUGCAUCUAAAGGACGGAUCCACCCAGUAACAGUCAUGUCUGUUGUUCAAAGUUUCGCCGUCAAUGCAUGCGGAUGUUCGAUCAUCUCUGAUGCCGCAAACCUCUACUGGACAGCACAUUACCUGAAAUUCUCCAAACAUGGGCUCUACCGAUCAAACCUGGAUUCCUCUCCCAUGGGCCACGCUGUCUGCGGUGUUGUCGGCAUGGGCCUUGGGGACAAACACGCGGUGGCCAUUGUUAGUGAUGCAGCAAUGCUGAUGCAGUCAGAGGUCGGUACUGCUGUUCUAUAUGGAUCGAAGGCUAUCUGGUUAGUCAUGAGUGGAAGCCGGUAUGGUAUGUUUGAUCAAGUGCCCCAAAUGUGGGGUGAUGUUCCGCCUUCAUUUUGCAUUCCUCAUACAGAUUUUGAGCUAUUGGCACUGGCGGUUGGAUGUGACGGAUGUACAGUUAUGGACGAGGAGGGGCUGCGAAAAGCUCUUACGGGAGCAUUGGCGAGAGAUGGACCUACUGUCAUCAAUGUUAUCGUAGAUUCUCCGCGCCUGGCACCAUCCAAAGCUUGA